AUGUACGUACGUCGAAUCGUCGCUACUGCUGCUCUUGUUUCGGCUUGUACGUUUCUUUCUUUUUCAAUUUUUUUUUCAAAUACUAUCGUAAAUUUCUAUCCAGUUUUAUGGGUGAGGAAAAAUCAGUUGUGAGCAAGAGAUUUCAUUUGCCGAGAGAAGUCAUCAUUUGUCAAAUUUUGAAACUUUUCUGUAGAUCAUCUUGGGCUAGUUUAUUGAAAUUCUGGAUCUUCGUACCGUUAAAAAUCAUAAAUGCUUCAGCAUAGAAAAAAAUGAAAAAGAAAGUUCUAGCCGACAGUUCGAUGACUUAUUUUAAAAACUUUGUACAUUAAAAUGAACAAGAAGCUUUCCAGACUGAGAUUUUUUUAGGUAAUCCAUAUACUUUUUUUCAACUUUUUUUCAACGCUUUUUUUAAUAAGAAUUUAUGCGUUAAUCUUGGGAUUUUGAGGUUUCGGAUGUCUCCCCAACCCUUUCUACGGCUACAGUCCUGGAUAUGGAAGUGAGUCGCUACCAGAAAAAAAAAACUUUAAAUUUAAAUAAAACUCUUCCAAGGAGUCUACACUAAUCCAAUGGUUCCUCCGGUUGUCCCGCCAAUGGUGCCGCCUGUGCCUGGCUACGGAUAUCCUGGAAUGGUCGGUCCAAGGGUCGGCCCUUUUCGCGCUGAACAGCGCGGCGGCGGAGCAGCGAGCGCAUCAGGAGCACCUCAGUUUUCUGCUCAAAUUGACGAGGUUUGAACUUUCGCGCUGAAAAAUCUAAAUGCCGUUCAGAUGCGAUCUGUUUCGACAUUAAACUGCGCGAACUUUGCUGAAAAGUGCCGCUGGGCUAACACAAACGAAGAAGAGUUGAAUUGGAGCACCCUACAGGAGUCACCUCAAGCUACUUCGUUUUUGCAAACACUAGGAGUUCAAAACCUUCCUGAGCAAACUGCCGGAGUUCUUGUCUCGACGCCUCGAAAAGGCUGGGAAGGUGGUCAACUAGUUUCUGACCCUCUUCCAUGCAUCGGAAACUCUUUGAAAGUUACUGCCACCGUCUGGAGAAGUCGUCUUGGUCCAAACAGUGAGCAACCAAAGCUUCAGGUGCUUUAGAUUCACUUUUUUUUCACUGGUUUGCAAUAUUCAGUUGUGUUCAAAAAAUACAAACGAAGAGAAAUUUCCUUUGGUGAACUGCAACGAGUUUGAAAUUCGAAACGGCGUUCCCAUGUCUGUCGAUGUCCCUGCACCCAACACUCCAAAUUCACCGGCACAGGUAUGAAAUUAAAGUUUCAAGCUCUUAUUCGUCGUAAAUUUUCAGAUUGUGUUUUACGGAAACAACUUUGUCGCUCCAGAAGGAGGAGCAAUUUUCUUGCAAGACAUUGUCGUGGAAGGAUCUCUGCAGUGCAAUGGAGAAGUUUACGACAGCCAUCCUACAUUGAUUGCGGAUCCGUUUCUAAAACCCAGUGAAAAAUCGUCGAAGAAAAGUUACUCGGACUCGAUUGGACCUUUGAAAGUUUAUAGACAGGUAGAAAUAUGAAAUAAAAUUGCUCUAGGCUAUGGAAGGCGUGAGUGGAUUGGAAGCGAUCAACGCAGUUCCAACAGCUCCGGACUACGACGAAGGCCGAAUUUCUCAGUUCCAAACUUAUUCAAAGGGCGUCGUGCCAGCUCUUCCGCCAGCUCCAGCUCAACCUCCCGUUUUGGCACCAGCGAUCCAGCAACCGGUCGUUCAGCAACAGCCUCAACCGGCUUCCAAUUCUUUCGCCGCUCAGCCUACUCUGUUUGAGAGCUGUUUGUCUCUUUCUUGCAAUCCUUCUGGUGAGAUAUUUUUUUUUGGAAAGAGUAUGAAAUGAUACGAUCAAUCAAAAAAACAAUUUUUUUGAUAAUACUGUUAAUAUUUGAAAUAGCUUACAUCAAGAGUUUGAAAAAUUGAAGCACUUUCAGUUGAAACUGAGGUUUUUGCGCUUUUCAAAAAAUCAUUACAAUCCUCAAAAGGGAAAAAACCACAUGAAAUUCCUGUUUUCAGAGUAUUUAAAAUAAUUGCCAGCAAAAAACAAUUUUUCCUUUCUCUUCUAAUACACCUUUUUUUUGUUUGAUACGUCAAAUUUGAUCUAACAUGUUUUAGUUGUCGACCCUUUCAUCUAAAAAAUUCGAAAACCGAAAAAUUUGCCUGAAUAAAAGUUGGUUCAAAACAUCUGAAUUGAUAAAUUUCGAAACUAAAUUUUACAGACCUUAGCUGCAAGUUCUGGAGAUCAGCCGGUAAUAACAGAUGGGGAAUCGCGAUUUCAGGAAGAGUUUCGAAUCCUUUAACGGGCAUCCAGUUACCACCUGGCACUGGUCCGUUCGAUAAAUUUGCAGAGAUUAAUAUUUUUUCCUUUUCAGCUCAGAAAUUUUUGGUAGCGCCGUUUUUUGAUUCCCAUAUCAGUAGCUAUACGUUGGUUUCCGAGCAAAUCACGAUUCCUUUGAUGGAAGAAGUUUAUUUUUGUUUCUACGAAUACUACGCAACACAAGGACUCUCCCUCUCUGUUUGCACUGACAAAAUGGAUUGCUUCUACAAAAAGAACUCCUUGACAAUGGGAGAAGCUGUCGAGGUUUGCAAGACGAACGACAUUAAGAGUAAAAGAAAAAUACUAUUUUUUCUUACACGGAUGAAAAUUUUGAUGCUGAUAAAAAUCGUUACAGGACAACAAGAAGUGGAACAUCCGUUGCGCCAAAAUGCCACCUGGAAACUACGAAGUUGGUCUUUUUUCGAAAAACUGCUGUAAUUUCAGUUGCAGAUGCGAGUGAUUGCUGAAAACACGGGCGAAAACAAGGGCGAAGUGGGAUUUCUGCCGAUACGUCUCUCGCGAGACGCCCAAGGCCAGCAACUCGUCUGCUAAUGACACUUCGUCCUGAACUUUUGUCUUUCUUUUUUUGCUCUUUGUCUUUCAAAGUUAUUUAUUUUUCUUUUCAUUGUGCUUUUUCUUGAAAAAUCUCGAUUGAAUUCCAAUAAACUAAUUUUUUCUGAAAUUGAAUGAAAACUGUGCUUGAGUAGUCUCUGAAAAAAUUUUUCACUUUUCAAUGAUUUCGAAAAAAAUUCUGAGGGUUUCACGUGGUAGAACGUCAAUGAAUUUCGAAAAGUUUCAGCUCAAGUUGAACAAUAAUUUUGAAUUUAUUUUAAUUGAAAACAAGAAGUUGAUACUAUCGAGGUGGUGAUCUCACAGAACCUUUUGAAUCCUCAAAUGGGACAUAAGUAAAAGUUUCGAAGACGAAAAGGCUGUGUCAAGUUGAAAAGCUGCAAAAGACCUACAAAGAGAGGAGAAAGGUCAACACCUGCUCUCCUGUGCAGAUGUCUCAUAUUCAGCUUGCUGCCUAGCAUUGUUGCCUUUGCCUUGACCCUCAGCACUUCCCGUUCCUUUUUUACUAAGAGCAUAUAUUUUAUUAUUCAAACAAAUUUUUUUCAGAAGAGAAAUGAUUUUUCUUUCACUGGCUAGGCCUACUUCUUUCUUUCUGCGGUCUGGUUGGCUGCACACCAAGCUACCCACUGGUCGUUGCAACUUGGGGAGGGCCAUCUUUCCAAAAAGCAGCUGCUGAAGGUAGGAAGUUCGGAUUGGAAAUUACGCUACGAUUCAUACCGAUUACGCUAUAUAAAAUUUUAUGAUUUUUUUCACAUUUUUUUUUUUUGGCUUUCUCUCACUUUUUCUUGAUCUCUGACUUUGCUGGUCAACUUUGAAAGAUGCCCAACUGCUCACGUCGGUUUUUUUUUUUCAAAUGAUUUGAAACGAUCUGCGUUCUCAUGCUACUGUAAAUUUCCGAUGUAGGAAACUUAAGAAGAGCAAAUCGAAGUCGUUUGAAAAGCUCGAACGUUGCCAAGCCAAUAUAAAGAACAAAUUUAAAAGUAAUACAAGUGCAAACAAUGAUUAAAUCUUUCAGCUUAUGAAAACACUUUGAAAGUGAACAGAAUGUAUGGACUUGUUCGCGGAUUGUCUCGAUGUGAAGAUCUCCAGUGUGACGGUACCGUCGGGUAUGGCGGCUCGCCAGAUGAAAGCGGCGAAACCAGUCUUGACGCUUUGCUCAUCGAUGCGUUAGUUCAAUUACUUGUCAUUUAUCCUAAACUUUUUUUACAAACUUUCUUGCAGAUCUGACAUGAAAGUGGCCGCUGUAGCAAAUCUUCAUAGAGUCAGAAACGCUGCAGAAGUCGCAUGGGCUGUGAUGAAUUUCACUAAACACACGUUUUUAGUAGGGGAAUCUGGUAAGGUUGAGCUAAAAACUACAAUUUAUAAGAAAUAUUGAAGCAACUCAGUUUGCUCUGUCAAUGGGCUUCAAGGAGAGGAACCUCACUACAGAAGCAUCCGGAAAAAUUCACACAGACUGGCUGAAAAACAACUGCCAACCAAACUUCUGGAAGGUGAAAAUUAAGAACUGAAACAAUUAAAUUUUUUUUUCUCAGAAUGUCUACCCGGAUCCGAAGACGCAAUGCGGACCUUACAAGCCAUUGAGUCCGAGAGAAGUUGAAAAGGCCGGUAGAUUCGUAGAAAACAAUUCCCCCGUCCUUCUCGACGAGUUCAAUCACGACACCAUUGGCAUAGUUGUCAUGGAUGACGACCAACAGUUCAGUGCCGGCACAUCGACAAACGGCAUGCGGUUCAAAGUAGGUUAUUUUGUUCGAAAAACAAAUAUUGAUGAAGUGAACUAUCAAAAGCUGAAAUAUUUUGUUCAAAGCAUUUUAGUUGUUCUUCAAUGAGAAAGAAAAUUCAAGCAAGUUGAAACAUAUUCUUCAAAAAAUCUACUGGUCAAUCUACCAUUGCACGAGAUCCUUGUCUUCACGACUCAAAUGAUUUAUAACUGUAUAAUUUAUUCUCUUAAUUUCUAGAUCCUAGUGAACUCGGGUUCACGCUGAUCUGUCAAUAAAUUAUUAUUAUUAUUUAAAAAAAAACAUUCGAGAUCAAUACCUGGUGCCCCACGAAAAAAACGAUUCUUUCUGAUUUUCGAAAAAAAUCUUAACUGCAAAUUGAGGUGAUUUUUUUUCUUAUAAGUUUCAACUUAUAACAAGAUUUUUUUGAUAUUUCUGAUGAAGAAAAAUAGCGAAAACCAAAAACUCAGAUCCCAGGACGAGUUGGCGACAGUCCGAUCCCAGGUUCCGGAGCAUAUGCGCAUAAAAAGCAUGGAGCAGCUGUCGCCACCGGCGAUGGAGACAUUAUGAUGCGUUUCCUUCCGAGGUUAGUUCGAAAAAUGCAUUAUAUUUAGUGGUCAUGACCUUGUUUCAAUCUUCUUAUCUAAUUCUAUCCGAGGGCAAACCUGAAAAGUUUGAGCGACAACAAAUUGAGUUUUCAGUAUCUAAGUAAACUUUGAUAAUAUGCUGAAAAACUCCAUAAACAUCUUCUAAAAUUACAAUCUGAGAGCUGUCUGGACUGUUUUUGGCCAAAGUUUUUGUGAAUGUUCGAUUUUCAAAAAGUCUUUUAGUGUAAGAAGUAUCUUGUUGAGAAUAUUUUUCAGUUUCGAGGCAGUUCAAUACAUGAAACACGGCAAUAAACCAACGAAAGCAGCUAAAAAAGUCAUCAAUCACAUGUUGACCUACUUCCCGGACUUUCAAGGUUUCCAAUAUGAUUACUUCGAAUUUUAAUCAAAAGCCCAGGAGCCAUUGUGACGGUCAACAGAUACGGAGAACACGGCGCGGCUUGUUCGAACUUCAAGAAAUUCAUGUACACUUCGGUCUACAAAGGAGUCACAAACACUCACGCUGUGAACUGCACAAUAAAAGCCGAUUGA